AUGGCAUUUCACAAUACAAAUAGCACACAUGUUCACUUCACCAGUACCAGCUUGUUCCCCACCACAACUCCACUUCAAUGUCACAAUGGUGGCAAACCAGAAAAUGGUGUCUGCAUUUGCCCUGAUGAGUGGAUAGGAGAUACCUGCUCUACAGAAAAUUUCUGCAAGAGGGCAACUAUUGGUGGCUUCAGUUUCCCACAAACAGUGGUUGGCUUGCCUGGUUACUCAGACCAGGUGUGUCCUUCCGGAACAACCAAUGCUGGUAUUCCAGUGGCCUCUACACGAUGCUUGAAUAUUAAUAUGACACAAAUUUUUGGUCAGAUUCAAAUGGUAGAAUGUGAUGAAACUCUUGACAGUAUUCAAACAAAUGUGUCCAGUGCAACCCCAGCAGAGAGAGAGGUGUUGGCCUCUAGAACACAGAUCCUGACCUCCAGGCCAGAAAGGCUUACUUCUCAAAAUAUCACCACAGCUGCUCAGAUUGCCAGUGACUUGUUGAAUUCACAAGUCACAAAGGAUAUUGCUGAAGCGACCAUUACUACAGUCAGUCAGCUGAUGACCGCUAGGGUGGAUCAGUUUUCUGAUGACAUUAAUAUCAUGGAGAGACUAACCGAGACUUUGGAGAGGUUCUCUGUGGAACAAAACAACUUCUCAAACUUAUUGGUUCAGGCCAAUCUGGCAGUCCAAUCAGUCCAGGUGCCCAAUGGGAGGACAGCAGGUGUUCAGUUGACAGCUUUGACAGGACUGAGCAACUCAGGUCUGGCAGCUUACAGAAUAAAUGUAAACACGAACAUUUCAGCACUUGCUCAUGAUAGCGGCUUAGCUAAUGUUCAAAUGUUCAUCGGCAUCCCUCAAGCUCGGUCCAGGCAGAAUUCUAACAUCAGCGUUGGAUUUGUGCUUUAUGAGAACGACUUCUUCUUCAGGUCCAGAAUUUUUCAGAGUACUCUUGGAUCCAGAAGGAGAGUGAUUUCAGCUAAACUGGGGAAUGGUAUUAGAGCUGAAUACGUUGAGUUCCGUCUCUUGGCUGAGAGCACGUCCACACAUCUCCUGCAUGAUUUUGCCUGUGUAUUCUGGGACUACUCUAAGAAUGACUGGAGCACCCAAGGCUGUUCCAAAGUCAGUAACUCAUCAGGAAAUCUGCAGUGUCGCUGUAACCACACCACCAACUUUGCCGUGCUGGUGAGCCUCAAGACCAAUUAUGUGUAUGCUGAAGCUCUGAGCAUUAUCAGCAUUGCAGGUUGCUCUCUGUCUAUAGUGGGCUUGAGUAUAACAGUAAUCUUUCAAAUCAUGACCAGGAAGUCUAGAGGCAACAGGCCCACACUGCUGAUGGUGAGCAUCUGUGUGUCUAUGAUCAUCUCCUAUUUCCUCUUCAUCUUUGGGAUCGACAACCCCAUGAAGCAGAAGCAGGAACCAAACAUAUCGAAAGAUAACACUGUUCCAAUGUCAGACCUCCGUCCCCCAGAACCAGACCAGGGCCCCUGUACAGCUUUUGCAGCCCUUCUCCAAUACUUUCUGCUGGCUACCUUCAUGUGGAACGCGUUAUAUGCUGCUAAUGUGUUUUUAUUCCUCAAGAGGACUUUAUCACACCAACCCAGGGGCUUCCAGCUGACAUCAUUACUGAUUGGCUGGGGACUGCCUGUUGUGAUAGUUGCUAUUUCACUGGCUGCUACCUACAGAAAAAACAAUCCUUUGGGUUAUCGUUCAGAGGAGUUCUGCUGGUUGGCUUAUCAGGACCAGAAUGGCAAUUUUGACCCUAAGAAGCCGAUGCUAUGGGGCUUCCUCAUCCCUCUUGCUUUAAUGCUCAUUUUCAACAUCUCUGUGGUGGUCUAUUUCUCCUUUAUCACAUGCAAGGAAAAUCCCUCAUUAAACCAUAACAGAGUGAGAUCUGUGAGGAAGAAGAUCCUUAGUAGCCUUUCUCUGGCAGUAGUGCUGGGUGUGUCCUGGAUCUUUGGCUACCUCGUCCUUGUCAACCACAACACCCUCAAUGUAAUUUUCAGUGCGCUUUUCUGUGUGUGCUGUUCCACUCAGGGCAUACAGAUCUUCGUAUUAUUUACUGCAAGAACGACAGUUUUCAAGAAAACUGUUUCAACUGCACUGCAAAAGUUGCCUUGCCCUGAGAUUGCUCUGCGCAAGAAAUCCUAUACCCUCUGGAAAAAAGUGGAAAAAAACAAAAAUGAAUCAACAGUUUACAGAUCAACAGACUUGGAGCUCUCUACUUCCCUUGAGAUUGCGGUUAGCCGUGACAUGGGGAACGGCAGGCUGAAGUGCGUGGGCCGUAAGAAAAGCAGCUCAGAGGUGGUCAAAUCUCUCUCUCCGUUUGAGGUCGGCUGUCAGAAAAAAACAGCACUGGUAAAGCCAAACAAGGAUUAUGGUAUCAGCUCAGUCGAAAACCUGUGA